AGACUGCGACCAGACUCUUCGCAAUCAACCAGAUCUAUUAGAUAGAUCUGAUGCCUCCUUCAGGACUUGCAAAUCCAAAACACCCAAUGGAUAGGCGCGCUCAAGAUUUUGCGAAAGGAACCUUCAUCAGAACCAUCCAUCAUUCUCGUGCACGUAACGAUCCUUACCUUUGAUACUUUGAUGAUCUCAGUCACGAUGCUAUUCGCCCUCCUAGCUUUCUUGCUGCUUCCUUCUCCCGAAAGGGGCCAGUAUAAAUUUUGUUGUACGAUCAAAUUAUUCGUGUAGUGCACCUGUCACACCCACAAAGUCUUCGCUUUUGGCUAGAUUUAGAAUGAUGCUACUAUGCCUUUCGUUGAAUGAUCCCAGUCACGACGUGUGCACCCUCUCUUCCCCCUCAUCAAACUGUAUUCGCAUUUGUCUUUAAAAACGGCACAAAGCUGAUCUUGCCACAAUCACAUAAAAGUGUUCAAAGGGAACUUAAACAUGAAGAUUCUUCGCCAAGUUGUUCUAAUUUCUCUGGUGCUGCCUUCAAUUUCGGCCACUUUAGGCCCGCAUCCCAAGCUCAUACGCGCUGAGGGAGACAAGACGAUUACAGGACAGUACAUCAUUGAACUGGAUCCGACAAUCCCAGACUCAAGGAGCUUUGCCACGAAAGUCCUCAAACGUGCUUUCCAAAACAAUCUCAUUGAAACCUAUGACUACGCCUUCAAAGGCUUUUCCGUCAAGGACAUCCCUGAUACGUUGCUGAACUUGAUGCUAAACAUGAAAGACGUUCUUUCGAUAUCGGAGGACACUGUCGUGGAGGCGAAUGCUAUACAGAGAAAUCCCACCUGGGGUCUCGACAUCACCGACGGACAAGACGACAAUCGCUACAACUACACGUACACGGGGCGGGGCGUUGAUGUCUACAUUCUUGACACAGGAAUUUAUGCAAAUCAUCCUGAACUCGAAGGUCGCGUGAAGAGUUGUGUUUCCUAUACUGGAGAAGCUUGUGGGUCUGAUCUGUACGGGCACGGUACCCACGUAGCCGGAAUUGUCGGCUCGAAAACCUAUGGCGUGGCCAAAAAAGUCUCCCUGCACGAUGUCAAGGUGCUCGAUCAAUAUGGCGGUGGGACCUGGAGUGGUGUUAUUGCCGGCGUUGAUUAUGUGGCCAAGAUCAAGAAAAGAAACCCCAGACGCAAAAUUAUUAUCAACAUGAGUCUUGGCGGAUUCCGCAACAGACCUAUGAACAAGGCAGUAAGGGCCGCCGCGAGGGCCAAGGUGGUCGUGGUAGUCUCUGCAGGAAACUACGACGACAAUGCCUGCAACUACUCUCCUUCGUCAGCAUCCGGUGCUUUGGUAGUUGGUUCAUUUGACGAAUUUAACUACCGUUCCUGGUUCUCGAACUGGGGAAGCUGUGUGGAUAUAUUUGCACCAGGUAGUGACGUCCUUUCGCUGGAUUCAAACGGUGGAACAGUUACUUAUUCGGGGACGUCCAUGGCAUCACCGCACGUGGCCGGUGUCGCCGCGUUGUACUUGCAAGCGGGUCGAAAAAUCAGAAGCGUUGUCACCGAUGCCAUGAGGAAGCAAUUGUUCGAUGUUAAAGGUUCUACAAACCGACGCUUGAGCACUUAUCGAUUGCAUUAGCCUCAAGCCGCGUGUUCAAGUCUUUCCCCUGAGGUCAAUGCAGCAAUACAUGUGUAG